AACAAGGAUGACAGCACACAUGAAGAUUGAGCAGCUUACAUUUAAACUAGACUUUAUUGUGUAGAAAAUAAAACAGAAGUGAAAACAAAAUGGUUUUGUGAAACUAUUGGCCUACUACAUAAAACAUCUGAAGAAAAAAAAAGUAGAUCAGCUAAAGACUCCAUUUACAACUGUAUUUAGAUAAAUCCACUUGAUUAGUUUGUUUCAGAGCCCUAUAUGUAUGCUAAUGUCAGAUUACUAUUGAGUUUUCAUUAAGAGAGCUUUAGGAAACCAUGUAAUUGUCAUCAUUUCUCUCCUUUAGCCUGGUUAUGUCAAACCCCUCCCUACAGAAAUUGCCCUGGCAAUCAUGGCCAACAAUGGUCCCUAUGUCCCCGAGAUAAUCAAACUCAUAGACUGGGAGGACAACGAUGACCACUACAUUAUAAUCAUGGAGCGACCCACACCUUGUAUGGACUUGCUUCGCUUCUUAAACCACAAGAACAAACCUCUUGAUGAGAAGAUGGGACGCCAUAUAAUGUGGCAGGCCAUUCAUGCUGCGAGCGUUUGCUUUGAUCGCGGUGUCUUCCAUCGGGACAUAAAACUUGAAAACCUCCUGGUGAAUCCAGACACUUUGGAGGUAAAGCUAAUAGACUUUGGCUGUGGUUCGACCGUAAAGAGAUCCGGCUACAAAGUCUUCUGUGGCACAAGAGAAUAUUUCCCUCCGGAGUAUGAAAUGUAUGGCAGGUACCAUGCACAGCCGGCGACUGUUUGGUCUCUAGGGAUCGUCCUGUUUGCAAUGAUGUGUGGGGCUUUACCUAGUAUCUCCGACCACUCCUUGAUCAGGAACUAUCGUUGGACUAGCCCUGAUCUGUCAAAAGAAUGCUGCCGGAUGAUCUGCGGUUGUCUGCAGCCAGACCCAGAUGAGAGACUCGCUCUGCAGCAGCUGCAUCUCCAUAACUGGUUUAAGGUAUGAAGCCUUUUCAUUUUUGUUGA